UUGUUUCAGUCGACAAUUAUAAACUCUUAUGUCGUUAAGUCAUAGCGCAGUGCACCUUUUAAAUAAAAAUUUCUUACGAAUAUACCUUAAGGAUGGCUGCAAUUGCAGAUCAAAGGCAUCACUGUGGGGAAGUGUAUAUCACAAAUAACUACCUUAUGAUACUAGAGUGCAAGUUUUGCACUGAGAAAUUCAGUGCUUAUGACAAGUUCCUCAACCACAUUUUUGAUAAUCACUUUGAUAAUGUUGACAUUCUUGAAGAACUGAAUACGGAAUCGAUGGAAUAUGAUGAUGAUGAAGAAGUUGCGGAACAAGAGUAUAUUGACAUAUUGACAGACACUAAUGUCGUAGGCGAUAGUAGUUAUUCGGCGGAAAUCAGUUCAGCCGCUGGCGCCAAAGAAUUUGAGAACAUAAUCGAUGAUGAAAAUAUGCCGGUGAAAAUAUCCAUGUGUCGUGUAAAUGUGGACAGCCAGAAUGAAACUGCUCAGCAUCCGCCCGAAAAUAAAAAGCUAUCAAACCCUCCCUCUGAUACACCAAGAGAAGAAAGCUCAAAAUUUCGAUCUGUUGUUUACAAAUAUCCGAGACAUCCUGGAGAAGAAAGAAAAUAUAAAUGUAAAUUUUGUGGCUAUGACUUUGCAAAUAUAAUAAAUUUGCGCCGACAUGAACGAAGACACUUGAACAAUAAACCGUUUCCCUGCGCGGAGUGCAAUAAACGCUUUUUCACACGCACUGAAUUACGUGCACAUAUCAGACGGCACACCGGCGAACGGCCAUUUGUGUGCACAUAUUGUGGUUUCGGGUUUGUAACGAAUGGUGCCUUAAAUAUUCAUGAAAAGCGACAUCUUGGUGAACGAAAACAUAAGUGUGAUAAAUGUGAAAAGCUGUUUUAUGAUGGUCAUCAGUUACGAAAGCAUGCUGUGGUGCAUACACGAGAACGUAAUCAUAAAUGCAACCAGUGCAAAGCAACAUUUACAAGAAUUGAAUCGCUACGGAAUCAUAUGAAGUUACAUGAAAACGCUUUGCGUUACGAAUGCGGCAUUUGUAAUAUGCGUUUCAAUCAAAAACCUUCCUUAAUAUGGCAUGAAAAGAGCAAACAUGAUAUAGUGCGAGGCGGUAACGGUCGAGUAAGCAACACCCUUACCACAGAAAUAACUAAUGAUACUGCGGACCUAGAAUACGAAUGUAAGCGUUGCAAAUUAGAAUUUAAAAAUAAGAAAUCAUUACUAGAUCAUCAAAGUUAUUUGCAUGCUGAUGCGGAUGCAAUAACAACGAUCGAAGCGCUCGAGGAAGCAGAAAGUGAAACAAUGUUAGAACUUCUUUGAAUUUGAUUAUUUAUGAACUCUAGUACGCCAAGUGAAUAUCUCACAAGAAUUUUGUUGUAAAAAUCGAACUAAAGUGCUGUAUGAGUAUCAGAGGAAAGACAUAUUGUUCGAGCUUAAGUAUUUCAGAAGUACAUGAAAUUACAUAUUUAUUUAUAUUAUGAUGAUAAAUAUGUGUUAAGUAUUUAUAUUUUGUUUGUAAGUACAAGUAUUUAAGGUAUAAAUUUAGAGUUUGUUUCAGAUAAGCAUUUAUGAAAAUUGGUCAGUUCUUGGACUCUGCCAUCAAACAAAUAUCAUUAAAAUUAAUAAUUAUAAUAUUUUACACUAUAAUUUAAAAGCUACAUAUGUACAUACAUUCUCAACCUUAGAAUAAAGAACUUGCAUAUUCUU